AUGCCUAUUCCAUGGAUCAACAAAACCAGGGUAACCCAAUUUUCUCAAAUCAUCGCCGAUCUUCACUCAUCCAAACGUGGUGCUUCUUCUAUCGUCGUUCAGACCGGUUUCCCCGCCUCCCUCGUCGAUCUCUUAAUCAAAAACCGUAGCCGCUUCACAAGACCUAGGUCCGACAAAUCGUUUCAUCGCCAAACUCCUGAUCCACCUUCGCCGGAGUUAGACCGCCACGAGUCUCCGAGUUUGACUCAGUGGAUCACCGACGGAAAUCUUCAUACAAAUAAUGGGGUUGAGGACUCGGGUCAUGGGGUGAAUCGGGUUGGGAAUAACAAUGACGGGUCGGGUUCAAAAACGUUACUUGUUACCUUUUUAAUGAUGUUAGUGAUUGUCGUUUCGAUCGCAAGCGUUGAGAAACUCACUGUCGGCAUCACCGUUUCAGCAUUUGCGCUUCUUUUUCUUGAAAACGCGUGGAAUCGUGUCGUUGAGUGUUCUAAACCGAACGUGGAAUUUAACGUUGUUGAAGCUAAAUCGUGUGUUACUGAUUCCUUCGAAGAAAUUAAGGUUGUCGGCGUUUGUCCCGAAGAGACAUCUUCCUAUGAUGAUGUUCUUCAACUGAAUUGUUCUGAAAUUAAGGAGGAUCAUUUAAAUGAAAAAGUUGUGGAUUCAUGUCAUGUUCCAAUUAAAGUUAGCCGUAGUGUUAAAUUGAAAACAAAGUUAAAGAAGCUUUUGACAAAAAAAUUGCAAAGUUCUGGAAAAGAGGUAAGGGAAAAAAGAGGUAAAGAAGAUGGUUGGAGCUAUAGUGUUGAAAAAGAUUGUGAGGUAAAAGAGGGGGUGGAUAGUGGGAGUAAAUCGCCAUUGUUGCAUAAGGUUAAACUAGAAAACAUGAUAGUGAAUAGUGAAGAGAAGAAGAGAACAGAGAGAGUUGGGAAUUCAGGUUACUUAGUUUUAUUUGUAAUUGCACUUGUUGGGCUUGUAGUGGGUCGUUUACCAGCACUGAUACUUACAAUGACAUGGUGUUUCGUACUAAAGAUAGUUACAAUACGAGGAAGAUCGAAGGCGUCUUUGAUCACAUGUUUGGUUCCAAAUUCUUGA